GACACAAUGUCCGUAAGAACAUCAAGCAGAGAGACAGUUUUUUCUGGAAGGUACCGUCAUACUCCGUGUCAGACCUGCAGGAAAAACUGUCUCUGGACCACUUUGUGUUGUGGAUAAUGAGACAUAUCAAGAGGCGGGUUUAGAUAGAUGGAGUUUGUCUGGUGUUAAAGCAUUUUUGUGGACUUUUACCUGCUGAAGACCAUCGUCAUGGCAACCCACAGGCCCUACCGCAUUGUACUCAUGUUCGUCGGGUUGUUUACCCUCUUAGCCGCGAUCACGUUCAACUCUUUAUCUGGAUUUGGUGCUGAAUCAGGCAUUUUCAAGCAGAGCACGGAGGAUGUCACACUCAUGUACACAACUCCCAUAACUCCUGCUCAGUGGGCCAUGUUUGUCUGGGAUUUCAUAUACAUAUGGCUCUUUGCUAUGUUCAUAUACUUUACAGCUGGACUUUGCAGAAGGGACGCCUACGACUGGAUGUACACCACGCCUGCAGUGCUACCCUACGGAUUCCAUGUCUCCAUGAUCGUCAAUGUGUGCCUGAAUGUAACAUGGUUGUUUCUGUUUGACAGAGAAUUGAUGCUGCCCAUGCUGAUCAUCUCCGCUGUGAUGAUGAUCACCAGCUACAUGAUUCUGUUUUUCUCCUGUCAUGGAAUGAAGAUCUAUGGAGCCUGGUUACACAAGCAUCGCAACGCAGACCUGUGGCUCCUCAGAAUAUUGGUGCAAAACGGGAUAGCAGUGUAUUCAACAUGGGGGACUCUCGCCACUCUACUCAACCUGACGAUAUACUUGCAGCAUCAGACGGAAGCAUUAAGAUGUGACUGUGCCAUGCUGGCGCUGGUUCUGCUUCUGAUGCAGCUGUCAGCCUGGUUUCUGUUAGAGAACUUCUACCUUGAUGAGCAUGUGCGCUACAUUGUGACCAUCUACCCUGUGGUGAUCCUGUGGUUGACGGGGAUCCUGAGCAACUCCAGCUCUCCUGAGAGUGCAAUUUACAUCUUUGUAGCUUUUAUUCUGGCUCUUUCCUGCGUCAUGUUUGUGGCACGAGCCGCUUUGGUCAUAUGGAAGCAUCGGAAACAACCGUUUUACAGAGACAGCGGACCCAGUAUGUCACCAGUAGAAAUAGCUUUAACACAAAGAAAAUUCCUUCAAUGAAUCAUCGCUUCAGGUCACUGAUUUUUCUCAUCAGGAGGAUUUUUUUCAGGUUGUGCAUUUCUGGAUACACAUCUCAGUCAGGCAGAGAUGUGUAUCCAUGAUGACGUGUGUAUAGAAAGAACCAGGCUGAGUGUGUAAAUACUGUAUAAAUAUUAAAGGUCACAUAUUCUCCUCCUCUUCUUCAGUUUCAAUAAG